AUGGGGUCGUUCAUGAAAACGGCGUCGUUCGUCGGAGGAAAUCGAGAGGGCGAGCUGAACAAGGAGAAGGAGGAGGAGGAGGAGGAAUAUACGGUGGAGGAUUUGAGAGAGAGGAUAAAAUCGUCGAGAGAGAGCCAUUUUCAGGUGAUGGAGACCGAGCUCGGGCUGGUCCCCACCAAUCGGAGGUUCAGCCGGCGAAGCCUCGUCAACGGCCUGAAGGACCUGUCGGAGGGCCUCUACAUUAACCCCGAUAGCAGAUGGUACAAGGCUUGGGAGAAUUUCAUACUUAUAUGGGCAAUUUACUCGUCGGUUUUUACACCAAUGGAGUUCGGAUUUUUUAGGGGACUGCCGGAGAACCUCUUCAUUUUGGACAUUGUCGGUCAAGUGGCUUUUUUGGUCGACAUUGUAUUACAAUUUUUCUUGCCUUAUAAAGACAGUCAUUCGUACAGAAUGGUUUAUAAGCGUAACCUCAUUUCUCUUCGCUAUUUGAAAUCUCAUUUUAUCCCUGACCUAUUGGGUUGUAUGCCUUGGGAUAUAAUCUACAAGGCUGUUGGGAAAAAAGAAGAAGUGAGAUACCUUCUGUUCAUCAGGCUGACUCGAGUCCGGAAAGUGACCACAUUUCUACAGAGGCUGGAAAAGGACAUCAGAAUCAGUUAUCGUUUCACAAGGAUAUUAAAACUCAUUGCUGUCGAACUGUAUUGCACUCACACGGCAGCUUGUAUAUUCUACUAUUUGGCCACUACACUUCCUGAGGAAAAAGAGGGUUACACUUGGAUCGGGAGUUUGAAGCUCGGUGAUUAUAGCUAUGCACACUUUAGGGACAUUGAUAUCUGGAAAAGAUACACAACCUCCAUGUAUUUCGCCAUUGUCACUAUGGCAACUGUGGGUUAUGGAGAUAUACAUGCGGUGAAUCUGAGGGAGAUGAUAUUCAUCAUGAUAUAUGUGUCAUUCGACAUGAUCCUUGGUGCAUAUUUGAUCGGUAACAUGACAGCACUCAUCGUGAAGGGGUCGAAAACAGAAAGAUACAGAGACAGAAUGACUGAUCUCAUCAAAUAUAUGAACAGAAAUAGAUUGGACCGGAACCUUCGUAAUCAAAUCAAAGGGCACUUGCGUUUGCAAUACGAAAGCAGCUAUACGGAUGCUGCUGUUCUUCAUGAUAUUCCGAUUUCUAUACGUGCGAAGAUAUCUCAGACUCUGUAUAAGUCUCAUGUUGAGAACGUUCCUCUUUUCAAGGAUUGUUCAUCAGAGUUCAUCAGCCAAAUUGUAACACGGGUGCAUGAAGAAUUUUUCCUCCCAGGAGAAGUAGUAAUGGAACAAGGAAAUGCUGUCGAUCAACUCUAUUUUGUUUGUGAUGGUGUUCUGGAGGAAGUCAGUAUAGUUGCAGAUGGAUCAGAAGAAAUAGUGUGUCAUCUCGAGCGAAACAGCUUAUUCGGAGAGAUUUCAAUCCUCUGUAACAUUCCUCAACCGUAUACCGUUCGUGUGUGCGCAUUUUGUAGACUCCUCCGAAUAGAUAAACUGUCGUUCUCAAAUAUCCUCGAGAUAUAUUUUCACGAUGGACGUAAAGUCUUGACUAACUUGUUAGAGGGGAAAGAAUCUAAUCUUCGCGUGAAGCAACUGGAGACGGAUAUUACUUUCCAUAUAGGGAAACAAGAAGCUGAACUUGCACUGAGAGUGAAUAGUGCAGCUUAUUACGGCGAUUUGUAUCAACUGAAAAGCCUGAUUCGAUCUGGAGCCGAUCCAAAUAAGACAGAUUAUGAUGGACGAUCAGCCUUGCAUCUUACUGCAUCAAGAGGAUACGAAGAUAUUAUUUUGUUCCUCAUACAAGAAGGUGUAGAUAUUAACGCCGAAGAUAAUUUCGGCAACACGCCUUUACUUGAAGCCAUUAAGAGCGGACACGACAAAGUUAUUUCUGUACUGUCCAAAGAAGGGGCAUUACUGAAAAUAGACAAUGCGGGUAGCUUUUUGUGCUCGACAGUUGCGAAAGGAGAUUCGGAUUUGCUCAGAAGGAUUUUGUCCAAUGGGGUUGACCCGAACUCCCGAGACUAUGACCACCGGGCCCCACUUCACGUAGCUGCUUCCCAAGGUUUGUAUUUAAUGGCAAAGUUGCUCAUUGAAGCAGGGGCAAGUGUCUUCUUAAAAGACAGAUGGGGAAACACUCCAUUAGACGAGGGGCGAACGUGCGGAAACAAAAAUAUGAUUAGACUUCUUGAAGAGGCAAAAACGGCACAAUUAUCCGAUUUUCCUGAUUCGUCUCUUGAAUUUACAGCCGAUAAGUUGCAUACGAAGAAGUGCACCGUUUUUCCUUUCCAUCCAUGGGAUCCGAAAGAAGGAAGAAGAAAACACGGAAUCGUAAUGUGGGUUCCUCACACCAUUGAAGAGCUUAUAGAACACGCGUCGAGAAAGCUGGAGUUUUCAGAAGGUUCGUUCGUUUUAUCGGAAGACGGAGGCAUAAUUUUGGAGGCGGAUAUGAUUACGGAUGGCCAGAAACUAUACAUGAUCAAUAACACAGGUUAA